AUGGAGAUCGAGAACGACGUGACCACGGCCAACGGCUUCGACGACGUCAUCCCUUCGUCCAUCAAGAGUGACUUCAACGUCGCUGAGCACGCCCAGCCCGAGUCGGACGACCUGAGCGGCAAGCCGCUCAGCAACCGCCUAGUGGCGACGGCGCCCGCGGUCCGCAAGGCCGCGUACCUGGAGCUGGCGGCGAUUCUCGGCGGCGAGAGCGGGCCGCCGGACGCGGCGGCGGCGGCGGAGCACGCCGACCACAUCCCGCGCCUCCUGGCGGACAGGGCGCCGCUCUGCCACGAGGGUGCGCUUGACGCGACCGUAGCGUGGCUCCGCGCCGCGCCGGCCGAGGCGGUGGGGGCGGCGGCGGGCGCGGUGGCAAAGGCGCUGAUGGAGAAGCACGCGCCGGGCAAGUACCAGCCCAAGGCGAUCGCCGCCCUCCUCUCCCUCCUCCGGCGCGGAGGCGCGGAGCCGGUGCAGUCGGCGCUCGAGGCGGGCGUCAGGAGCAAGGCGCCAAAGACGUGUGCGGCGGCGCUCAAGGCGUCGGCGGAGGCGCUGCUAGAGUGUGGCGCGGCCGCCUUCGACGCGUCGCCGCACCUCAAGCAGCUGCCCGCCCUGCUGCAGCACCGCGACAAGAGUGUGCGCGAGGAGGCGGCCGCGCUGGUCGGCGCAAUGCGGCUCUGCCUCGGCGACGGCGCGCGGCUUCACACCUGCCGCUCUCCACGCCGUGUGCUCGCGCAGCUCAAAGGCGCGCCGGAGGACCGGAUCAACGCGCUGCGAGAGGCGCCUACCGGCGCAGACCGCCGUGGACGGGCGCCGCUGCCAGAGCCGCGCGCGCCGCUCGAGACGGACCCCUCCUCCACGGCCACCGACCCGACUGACACCGGCGCCGGGGCGCCAGCCGGGGCGGCGGCGGCUGCGGCGCCUCCCGUGGCGAUGCCUCCCCUCGACCUGCUGGCCAAGCUGCCGAGGUCGAAGGGGAGCAAGGAGCCUGCCGACGCGUGGGAGAAGCAGACCCUCUCCGACAAGUGGUCCGAGCGCAAGGCGCCGCGGCCAGACUCGCACCCGACCACGCCCUCUGACCACACGCCCUCUGAAGCUCGCACCCGCUCCUCCCUACCGCCGAUACACACCCUCUCUCGCCCUCCCUCCCCACCUGCGGCGGCCGACCUCGUCGCGUCGCUGCUCGAGGGGCAGAGCUCGCUCAAGCCGGCCGGCCACGCCGACCACGGGCUGGUGCUGCGGCCGCUCAAGCGGCUCUACCAGGACGCCAACGUCAACGUCGCCGCCUCCGCCAUUAAAGCUACCGGAUUGCUCGCGGGCCUGCUCGGGUCCGACUUUAGCGCGCUUGCGCGGCGGACUGCGCCGGCGCUCCUCGAGAAAGGCGCCGACAAGAAGGCGGUCGUCGCCGAGGCGGUGAGGGGCUGCCUCGCCGCCCUCUCGACCGGCUCGUGCCUCACGCUGGCCGAGGCGGCCGAGCUCGCCCUCGCCGCCAUGAGCAGGAGCACAAACACGCAGCUCCGCUCGACCGCCGCGCGAUGGCUCGCGGCCGCCGUCUCCGCCGCCGACGCCGAGGGGGUGGGGCGCGCCCUCGACGCCCUCGACGCGCCGCUGCAGCUGCUGGAAGAGGACGCGACGGCCGAGGUACGCGCCCUCGGGCUCGAGGCUGCGGCGGCCGUCGGCCGAAAGCUGCCCUCGGAGGCCGCAGGCGCGUGGCUCGGCCAGAUGCCGCCCAAGCGAGCCGAGCGCGUCGGAAAGGCGCUCGGCGGUGGGAGUGGCGGCGGCGCGGCGGCGGCUGCUCCCCCCAAGCGGCCGUCAGGCGAGGCGGCGUCUUUGAAGGCGCCCGCGGCCGCGCCGGCAAGGGCGCCCUCGGCGGCACCGGCGCGGCCAGCCUCGAUGACGGCGCCGAGCCAGCCCUCUGUGGGCGGCGGCCGCUCUUCGGGCGCGGCGGCGGACGGCGCGAAGAAGGGCGGCGCGCCGCGUCGGAAGAAGGCGUCCUCCGGUGGCGGCGGAGGCGCGGGCGAGGAGCGGUGGCGCGAGCCCGACCUGCCCUCCUCCGACGACCUGCCGCCCGCCCUCGAGUCGGAGGAUUUGCCUCCUGCGGCGGUGCGGUCGGCGAUGGCGGACGCAUCCUGGUCGGCGCGCGCGCAGGCUCUGGGCGAGGUUGCCGCACAGGCUGCCGGCGGCGGAGCGGACGCCCUCUCGCCGCUGCGCGCGGAGCUGCUGCUCUGGCAGCUCGGCGCGCUCCUCGCCAAGGAGAAGAACGAGCAGGUCGCCGCGCGCGCCCUCGAGGCGGUCGCGGCGGUCGCGGCCGCCGCGCCGCUCGUGGCGCGCCGCUCGGCCGCUCGCGUCGUCGGGCUGGCGGCGGAGAAGCUGGCGGCGAAGAAGGCGAAGCCCGCGGCGACGCAGGCGCUGCUCUGCCUGAGCGAGGCGUGCGGGCCGAGUUGGGUGCUCGCGCAGCUGCAGGCGGUCGCUCCGUCGCACAAGAACCCGAAGGUCUUCGGCGAGUCCCUCGCCGCCGCCACCGCCAUCCUCGCGGCCUUCUCCACGCCCGCCCUCUCCGCUUCCGCCGCCAUCCCUGCCUUCGACUCGCGCGAUGCGUCGGUGCGCGAGGCGGCGCACAAGCUGGUGGUCGCGCUGUGCGCCGCUGUCGGCCCCGCCCUCCUCCAGUCACCCCUCCUCGCCGACGUGCGCGAGGUGACGCGCAAGCAGCUCGCCGCCGAUGCGGCCAAGUUGAGCGGUGCGCCGGCGCCGCCCGCCGCCUCGCGCUUCUUCAAGCACUCCGCCUCGUGCGGCGGUGGCGGCGCACCCGACGGUGGCGGCGGUGGCGGCGGCCAUGGCGGCGGCGGCGCGGCAGUCGAUGAGCUGAUUCCCCGCGUCGAUUUGCUCCGAGACAAGGUGAAGGCCGACACGAUCGCGAAGCUGCGCUCGGGCGCGUGGAAGGAGCGCAAGGAGGCGCUCGACGUGGUCGCCGCCGCGCUGAGCGAGUCGCCUCGCCUCGGGCCGGUCGUCGGGCCGCUGCUUGAGGCGCUCGCCCCGCGCGUCGCUGACAAGCAGCAGGUCCUCGCCAUCGGUGCGCUCAACGCCAUCGGCGCGGUCGGGACUGGCGUCGGCAAGGCGGCGGCCAUUCGCGAGGCGGCGAUGGCUGCGCUCGAGAGGUGGGUGGCAGAGGUCGAGGCGCAGCUCGGCGAGCUCGACACCGCCACCGCCAAAAAGUUGCGCCCCGCUGUGGCCAAGCUCUGCCGCAAGACCGCGUCGCCCGCCCCUGCCGGCGAGCCCGCCGCGCCGCUCCCGCCACCCGCGAGGGGACAAGGGCCACCCGCGAGGGCCGUUUCUCUCGCGCCAAAGCCGUUGCGUGCCGCCGCGGCGGCCGGUCGGAAGGACGUGUCCGAGGAUGCGUCCGGCCGAGCCGCGACCAGGCCGGGCCUCGCGCGUUCCUCCACGUUCGGCGCGCUGCCGGCCUACAAGAGUGCGGCGCAGCUGCGCGCGGCCGCGGCUACCUCGGCCACGGCCGCGCCGCCGCCCGCCGCGUCGCCUGCCGCGCCUCAAGCCGCUCCCGCGGUAGCACCGCCCGUCGCAGCGCCGCCCGCCGCAGAGGCCGCGGACGCAGAGGCGCGCGCCCCUGCACCGCGCCCCAUGCGGCCGCCUGCGGCAGCGGCCGAGCGAGCCGCGCCGGUUUGCGAGGGGGGACGGGCCAGGCCCCCUCCGACGUCUCGCCCCACCGAGGCGGCGGCGGCGAGCAGCAGGGCCGUCGAGUCUGCGCCGUUGGGAGGCAGGGCGGCCGCCAGCUCGAGCGCGCACACGCCCCGCAAGUCGGCGGCGCGCAAGGGCCUCGCCGACGACGUGUCGACGGUUGGCUCUCAGCGGUCCGCCGAGCCGGACGUCCUCCAUGCGCUCACCGCCCUCUCCAAGGCGGUGGAGUCGUCCCCCGAGGCGGUGGCCGACGUGCUGCCACCGCUCUGCGAGGCGCUCUGCCUGCGGCUGCGCUCCGCGCUGCGCGCGCCGUCCGCGUUGCCGCAGUGCAAGAAGUCUCUCCAGCUGCUCAUCGACCUCCUCGGCUGCGUGCGGCUCGUGGGCUCGCUCGAACAGCCGCAGAUCCGCCUGCUCACGGCGCAACACCUGCUCGAGUCGCUCAACUUCAUCAUGUUGAGGCUGCUGCAGCACUCUCCGCGCGGGCCGACCCUCUGUGCGCUGCUGCAGUUGCUCGGUGAGAAGGCGGCGCUCCCCUCGCAGCGCGAGCUGUCCGCCCUGGUCCUCAAGUGCCUCGCCAAGCUCAACAAGACGCUCGGCGAGACGGAUGGCGCGUCGGGCGAGAUGGCGCGCCAGAUCGACCUGCCGCCUGUGGUGCACGCCCUCGCCUCCCUCCGAGCGACUAUCACCGCGGCCGAGCGCGACGCGCCGACCGAGCUGCUCGCGCAGAUCCGCGCGUCCUCGGACGCAACGCUCGCUGCAAUCGUGGAGGUGCGCAGCGCCGAGGUGCUCGGCUGCCUGCACGGCGAGGUUCGCGGGGGCGCGACUCGCACGCCGCGGAGGGCGAAGGUGCCCGCCUCCUUCGCGCCGCUGCUCGUGCAGGUCCACGCCCACCUCGGCAUGCCACCGCCGUCGCCGGCCCGCCCCCGCUCGCGCGCGAGCGCGAUGACGCCCUCCUCGCUGAGCGCCGUCCUCCGGACACCGGGCCGCUCCUCCGCCACGCCGCGCUCCCUUGCCAAGCCGGAGGCUGCAGGAGCGGCUUCGCCUCCGCCGAGCCGGCGCACAUCCUCCCGCGCAGCGACGCCAGUCCGGCCGUCCGACAAGGGCACGCCGCGCAAGCCUUCGGCACCCGCCACGCCGGGCGGGUCGGCGCGCCGCCAGCUCCUCAGCAACGAUGCCGCCGCCGACGCCACGGAGGCCGCGGGCGGUCCGACUGUGAUCGCUUCUGCGCUCGCCAGGCUCGACGAGAUGAAGAAGAGAUACAACAUCCCCGUGACACCUGCGCGCGCGCACGCCGCCGCCGCCGGUACUACCACCGCUUCGACGCCCAGUGCGGCGGCGGCGUCGAUUCAAAAGGCUCGCGCCAAGAUUGCAAAGCACGAGCAAGAGGCGCAUAAGCUGUGA